AUGUUGGGGCCUUGUUGCCUGACUCCGGUGCGGGCUCCCAAUGCCUACGUGUCCCCGAUCCCCCGGGUGACGAGAGCCGUCGCCCCCAGGUGCCAGCUUGCAUGCACGCUUCAGUCCCUGACUCCCUUCUUCCCCUCCGAACAUCGCCAUAUCCGUCCGAGCCGAGGUGUCUCCGCCGACAACUUGACAUUCGCAUUGAAUCACAAACAAUAG